AUGUUGCUGCUGGACCUACCGGGGGAGCUCUUACUUUGUGUCAUGGACCAUCUGGAGCGGGCCAAGGACAUCCAUUCUCUGUGUCUCACCAAUUCGCAUGUACAUCGACAGCUGCUACCGGUGCUCUAUCGCUUCAACGUACGGUUCGAAAACAGCUCGGCGCUGCACUGGGCGGCGCGUUAUGGUAAGCUGGAACUUGUCCAGACGAUGUGUUAUUACCGGGCCCGCGUCAAUGUGUAUCUCCAUGGCUACACACCUCUUCAUGUUGCCGCAAUGUUCGGACAGGCACCCGUUGUGAGAUGGCUGCUUUCGUACGACGGCAUUGAUGUCAACUGCCGCGGCGAGGGACUGGGCUUGACCCCGCUUGGUGUAGCGGUGCGGAGGGAGGAUGUAGAGGUUGUUCAGGUGUUGCUUUCAGAUGCCCGUACGGAUAUCAACGCAGGAAGCCGAGACAACAAGACACCGCUGCUGGAUGCCAUCAAGCAUCGGCACCUCGUCAUUCUGCGAUUGCUUCUGGCCGAUGCGAGAAUUGAGAUGCAUCCACAGGGCCAGUCAGCCUCGCCAUUGAUGUACGCCAUGCGCAAAGACUUUGGCUGCGGCGGUCGCGCGCUCCUAGCGCAUGGCGACAUUGACGUCUCAGCACGAGACUUGAAGGACCGGACGGUUCUGCACUAUGCUGUUCUGCACAACGAUGACGGACUUGUGCAGCUCUUGCUUCAGAAGCAGGACCUUGAUGUGAACGCGCAGGAUUGUCUUGGUAUGACCGCCCUGCAUCGUGCCAUCAUCAAAGACAAUAGACGAAUCGUCGCCCUGCUCCUGACACGCAGUGACCUUGAUGUCUCGCUUUGCGGUGCCGAUGGGCACUGGAAGAUAUACGAAGAAAUGCCGCCAUUAUGUCUGGCCGUUGCCCUCCGCAGGAACCGCAUCUGCCAGCUUCUGCUGGAAGCCCCUACGGAUGCCGAUGUGCGCACGGCCAGCGGGAAUUCCCCCUUACAUCUAGCCGCAGGCAUGGCGGAUCUUGAUUUGCUCACGCUCUUGCUCAACCAACCAGACAUCAAGCUAAACGGCCGGAACGACGACGGGUUCACAGCUCUGCAUGAAGCCACAACCCGCGGGUACCUGUCCGUUGCCAAGCUGCUCCUCGCUGCGCCAGAGGUGGAUGCAAAUGUGGGAGAUACAUGUGGGCGGACCGCACUCUGGUGGGCGACGAAGCGCUCUGACGAGAUUCUGACAAAGCGGCUGCUAUGCGAAGACGACCUCGAUCUUAAUGUUGUAGGCCGGGAUGGAUCAACAUCCCUCCAUCAUGCGAUCCAGUACCGGAACCGAACCAUAGCACGGCUACUUCUCUGCGAGGAGAGACUGGAUAUCAAUGUACCGGGCAUGACCGGUUGGACUCCACUUGUGUGGGCCGUGCAUCAAGCAGACAUUAACAUGGCCAGACUGUUGCUUGCGAGAGACGAUCUGCAGCUGGAUCCAAUCUGCGCGGGAAACGCAUCGGCACUGGGCCUGGCAGCGGGACGAGGCCACACCAAGAUUGUGAACUUAUUCCUCGAGCACCGGGAUCGCUUGGACAUUAAUCUCCCAACCCUGGCAGGCGAGACCCCACUAUGCCGGGCCGCAGCAGCCGGGCAUCAUGAUGUGGUCGAUCUCCUCCUUCAAGAUCCUCAGCUGGAUGUCAACCGGGCGGACCUCAUUGGACGCAGUCCGCUGUGCUGGGCGGUGUAUGCGGGACAGUUCAACGUUCCAGAGCACAAUCACUUAGAUGCAAUACUCAGAGCAUGCGUAGAGCCGGCGUGCAGAACUCUAUCUCGAAGUACAGAUACGGCUUUGCCGCUCUCAGUGAAUAGUCCCAGAACGGACCGCAGCCAUAAUAUAUGCUGUACUGGUAGUAAUCCUACACAUCAAUCAACUGAGCCUAGGGGAGGCAAAUGGUUGAUUGACAAACCGUCAAGUGAGCGUCAGGUGACCGGUCACGUAGGACGCUCACUCAUGCUACUCAUCAUGUCUGAGCAACCGUGGCUAGGUAGAAUCGGUACGAGGAGUAAGUCUUCGCUCCGUGCUUUCUGCACUAUCACAUUCAGUGCGUCGCAACACAGCUGCUUGCCCUCGCUAAUGCAGACGUCAUGUGACUGUGUGAGAUGCUGUAUGAUUCCUGAGGCUCCAGUAUUCCCUUCAAAAGUUGACUAG